GCUAGACGCUUCGCUCCGUUACUACGGACCCACUCGGGGCGACGGAGCAGGUUGCUGCGCGGCCGCCGGCGCCCGGGACACCGGAGCGGGGGAGGCGAGCGAGCGGGGCGGCCCCACGGCGGCCUGCGCGCCCGGGGCCUGGCCGGUGGCGGGGGAUCGAACCCACAACCUCGGCGUAGUGGGAAGACGCUCCUGCCAGCGGCAAUACUCAGCCAGGGGCAGAGCAGACUCGGGUCCCCAGCGGCCUCCGGCUUUCAGAAGGCAGACAUGGCAGCCGCGUCCUCCCAGCGCAAGAGGGCGAGUCCCAAGCCCGAGCUGACCAAGGAGCAGAUCCAGGAGAUCCGGCAGGCGUUCGACCUCUUCGACACAGAUGCCACUGGGACCAUCGACGUCAAGGAGCUGAAGGUGGCGAUGAGAGCCUUGGGCUUUGAGCCCAAGAAAGAAGAGAUUAAGAAAAUGAUCGGAGAAAUCGACAAGGAGGGGACCGGGAAGAUGAACUUCAAUGACUUCCUGACGGUGAUGACGCAAAAAAUGUGCGAGAAAGACACCAAGGAGGAAAUCCUGAAGGCGUUCAAGCUCUUCGACGACGAUGAGACCGGCACCAUCUCCUUUCACAACCUGAAGCGCGUGGCCAAGGAGCUGGGCGAGAACCUCACGGACGAGGAGCUGCAGGAGAUGAUCGACGAGGCCGACCGCGACGGCGACGGGGAGGUCAGCGAGCAGGAGUUCCUGCGCAUCAUGAAGAAGACCAGCCUGUACUGAGCGUCCUCUCCUCUUCGCUGCGAGCACCGUUCCCGUGAGCGUCUCCUCCUCUCCUCGCUGCGAGCACCGUUCCCGUGAGCGUCCUCUCCUCUCCUCGCUGCGAGCACCGUUCCCGUGCCCGCUGCUGUGCGGACCUGGCUUUUGGGAGCACAGAUGUCUCUUCCCCACUGACCUCCCUGCACAGCUUCAGUAACAACCUCACACCCGUUUUCAACUUUUGCAACUGUUCUCGGGAAAGUUCUUUGUGAGGGGACCUGCUGCUUCCGUUCAUUCUCCGGAAAAGAACAAGAGCUCAUCGGAGGGCUCACCCACCCGCCGGUUCCGCCUUGUGCUGCUUCGCUCUGGCGUGAGCCCACCUUAUGGCGCCACAGAGAGAUGUCCCAGGCAGACGCAUGUCAUAACUGUCACCACAGACAGCAGGCAUCUCUAGGACGGUUCUGGUUUGAAUCGACACCUGAGUGCAGCGUUCUCUUUUAAAAGAUCCAGUGAACUCUCUCAUUUGCAUUUGAAUAUUUUUUUCCUAUUUGUUUUGUGUUAAAAUAAAGCCUAAAAAAAAAA